GCAAAACAAAUGAUUACAUAUAGAAAACACUUUUAUACAAUGAUUCGGCGCGAAUGAAGCACUCAGAUUGAAGAUAAUAUUCAAAUAAACUAUUGUAUAUCAAAAACUAUCUUGCUAGAUGCACAUUUUCAUCUGUGCUAGAAUUUGUGAGUAAAAUUGCUCGGAAGCAGGGUUAAAAUAAGAAAAAAUCAUUCAACAAUGGACGAAGUUCCCGAAUUAGCGAAGAAUGUGGACUUCACCCGAUUCACUUGGUGUGACACGAUGGGUAUACCCAGGUGCAAAGUGAUCACACGUGAGGCCCUGAGUUCCAUGGUCGGCUGCGGAAUUGGAAUGUGUUCCCUUGCAUGUGUGUUUGAUGCCUCCACUACACCCGCGAACUACCCAAAGAUAGCGGAUCGAGGGUACCCCGACGUGUUCGCUGUGCCCGACUGGGGAUCGUGGCAUUUCGCGCCCUGGUCGGGAAGCGAUACUGGGUCGAGUGUAGCCGAAGUAAUGGUGGAGCUGCAUGAAAAGGACGAAGCUUCCACUCCCUGUGGAUUCGACGUGCGACACGUCUGUUCAACCAUGGUUGAUCGAUUGAAAAGCGAAUUCGGCUUAGAGCUCUAUUCGGCCUUGGAGUAUGAAUUUGUAGUGCUAAAAGACAGACAGAAGAUGAACGAAGGACCUCAUAUCUACUCGCCUGUCCGAAUGAAGAAAAUGGAGAAACUCUGUUUCACGGCGACAGAGAGACUGAAAAAGGCGGGCAUAAUAGUUGAGGCCAUGAACCCAGAGUUCGGACCGGGUCAGUACGAGAUGACCAUGCAGCCGGCCAUGGGAGUGAAGGGAGCAGACAAUGCACUGAUGUUCAAACAGUGUAUCCGGGAGACAGCUAUGGACCAUGAUCUAUGGGUCACUUUCAUGUCAUGUCCUUUUCCAAGUUUUUCGAGGGCGGGUUUGCGGCGUUCAACAUCUGUUAUGGCCAUGAGCACAGAGGCUGCAUGUUGAGAGUAAAGAAGAGCAAGACUACCAAUACCUUCCUGGAGUUCCGCAGUCCCGGCUCAGCUGCGAACCCCUAUCUUGUCAUGGCAGCUGUGGUUGCUGCUGGAAUGGAUGGACUACGCAACAAGCUAGAGCCCCCUCCCAUAGGCUUCAGCCCCGAGAAGCAGCUACCCCGGACCCUGGAAGCAGCUCUGGAUGCUCUGGAAAGUGAUGAGUACAUGCGGGAGACUCUCGGAGAGGAUCUCACUGAGCCCUUCUUGAUUCUGAAAAGACAGAAGGACCUUCCUGUUAAAAGCCAGGAAGACCAGUUCAACUUCUACUCAGAGCUCAUCUAAACUUAAAAAAUGCUAAGAAUUGAAAAGUAAAAUUAUUCACUAACAAAAGUAUAGGUGGUAACCUGAUAAAUGCAUUGAUAAGUAAUAGUGUCA